AUGUGUUCUCCCAGAUCGGUAGGAUUUGGCACCCAAAGCAGAGGUUUGAAACCAUGGAUGAUUGCCCUUAUUGUGUUAUUACUGACAGUGGUAACUGUGGCCACUGGUCUUCUGGCUCACUUCUUACUCUCUGGCCAGAAAAUGGAGUAUUAUCAUGGCACCUUUAAAAUUUCAGAUCUACGAGUCAAAAGUAAUUCUGGACAAAGCAGCCCACACCAGCUUAAGGACUUACAGGGGAUGAGUGAAAACUUGGUGGAUGAUAUAUUUAUAGAUUCAGCCUUGAACAAGCAUUAUAUCAAGAACCAAGUAGUCAGACUGACUCCAGAGGAAGACGGUGUGACGGUAGAUGUCAUUAUGGUGUUCCAGUUCCCCUCUGCUGAGUCAAGGGCAGUGAGAAAAAGGAAAAUCUGUAGCAUGUUAAAGAAGAAGAUAAGUAACACCACAGCUUUGUCAAUAAAUGCCUCAUCAGUUGAAGUUAAUGCAAUGAGCUCAUCGACAGGGAAGCUAACUGUCCACGCAUGUUGUGGUAAACGAGCUGUUCCAUUAAUAGUGAACAGAAUAAUAUCCGGAGAGAUUGCGGGCAAGUCUUCCUGGCCUUGGCAAGCUUCCCUUCAGCAUAAUAACAUACAUCAAUGUGGGGCCACCUUGAUUAGUAAUACGUGGCUUGUUACCGCAGCGCACUGCUUUAGGAUUAAAUCAAAUCCACAACAAUGGACUGUUAGCUUUGGAACAACAAUCAACCCUCCAUUAAUGAAAAGAAAUAUAGAAAGAAUUAUUGUCCAUGAGAGAUAUCACUCCCCAGCAAGAGAAUAUGACAUUGCUGUUGUGCAAUUAUCAUCCAGCAUCACCUUUACUGAUGAGAUCCGAAGAGUUUGUUUGCCAGAAGCCUCUGUGUCCUUCCAACCAAAUUCAACUGUCUAUGUCACAGGAUUUGGAGCACUUUUUCAUGGUGGGGAAUCCCAAAAUGAUCUUUAUGAAGCCAGACUGAAAAUCAUAAGUGAUGAUGUGUGCAAGCAGCCACAUAUGUAUGGCAGAGAUAUAAAAUUUGGAAUGUUUUGUGCUGGCUAUCUGGAAGGAAUUUAUGAUGCCUGUAUGGGUGAUUCUGGGGGACCUUUAGUUGGAAAGGAUCUUAAAGAUACCUGGUAUCUCAUUGGAAUUGUGAGCUGGGGAGAUAACUGUGGGCAAAAGAACAAACCUGGAGUCUACACAAAAGUGGCUUAUUACCGAAACUGGAUUACUUCAAGAACGGGCCUCUAA